CUACUACUAAUAAUAAUACUAUAAACAUUUUAUUGAAAUUACUCAAUCGAUAAAACAAUAGUGAAUAUUAUUAUUUUUCUUGAGAAAAAUAAUUAAUAGAACAACCACAACCACAGUAACAACAAUCACAACAACAACACCAACUAAGAAAUUACACGAGCACAAAUUGAAAUGAACUAAAUAAUCAACGAAUAAAUAAAAUGUUCUCUUAUUGUUAUUUACUUUAUUCAUUACUCACUAUAAUCAUUCAAUCAUUAUAGAGUAUUACGAUAUUCAGAGACAGAGAGAGAGAGAGAGAGAAAAUUCAAGUGACUAAAACAACAUUGUUACCAACCAAAAAUAAACAAAACUAAACUCAACUCUAUAAAGAGUGUAGUCAAUAUUUUAUCAUUCUCUCAAUAAAUUCCUCUCUUUAUCUACAUAACCAAUAACAAGAGUCGUGAUAAAGUCAACUGGAAAUUGUUCUAAUUACGGGGAAGAAAUUUCAAAAAAAAAAGAGAAGAUGAAUCUCUUUAGUUCAAGAAGCAAUUCCCAAUUGUGAUUCAAUUAAUUUUUUAAUGUAUAAAAGCCAACUGCAUUUUCUUAGUGUCUUUCUAUUAGAAUAUUAUCAUUAUCAUUAUUAUUACUACUACUACUAGUAGUACUACAUUGAAACAGAUUUUAUUCAUAUAGAAGAUACGUAACAACAUAUAAAUAUACAUUUGCAUUUACUGGGUGUGAGGGCGGGAAAACAAAAAAAAGAGAAGAGAAACUAUUCAUUUUGCAAGUACUUACUUUCUUGUUUAUUUUUAUUGAUCGAUCUAUUUGUCAAAUUAUCCGCACAAAUUAUUUAGAAAUUAUGAAUAAAACAAAUUCAUUUAUGGCACAAAAUCAUUUACAAACAGAAUUCGAAUUACAAACACCAUGCAUUUUUAACUUUUUAGAUUAUGAUUUGUCUCCAAGUGAAUUACAUAAUCAUCAUAAUCAUCGUCAUCAGAAUAAUAAUUUGUUAGAAGGGGGAGAACAAUGUCAAUCUCGACAACAGCACCACCCCCAACAACAACCACAACAACAAUACCAGUCAAAUCAUACUAUACAUCAUCAGCAUCAACAACAACAACAACAACAAUACAGUGAUAUUCAUUAUUUCAAUUCUCAUCUAUCUAAUUAUCAACAGAAUCAACAUUUACAUGGAAAUAGUUGUAUAAAUUCAACAAUCAAUACAAAUAAUAAUGAUGUAACAAUGUCAAUAAUGAAAAAAAAUGGUAAUGAUCAGUAUUUUUCGUCUGAAUUACAAACCCCAGUCAAUUCAACUUCUAAUUUAGGUAAACGACAAACAUUUCAUGAUAUUAAAGAAUUAUUAUUCGAUAUUUAUCAUGGGGAAAAUGAUGUAUCUUCUAUGAAUAAAAAUAAAGAUAAUACUAUUUCAACUGUAUCACACUAUUCAAACUCCUCUUCAUUUUUAUCAUCCACAUUAAAUCACAAUCAUAAUAGAAUAGAUUCAAAUCAAUCUAUUUCAUAUAAUCAUUUCAAUGAUAUACAUCGAAUGAAUUCAUUAUUAAGAAGAUAUGAAGAAUUACCUAAUUCUAUAGAGAAUUCAGUGUUACAACAUAAUUGUCAAAUUAAUAAUUGUAAAACAAAUUGUCCCUAUGAAAAUACUCCUUCUGAAUGUUCUACACUUCAAAUGAAUGUUCAAAUCAAUAAUAAUAAUAAUAAUAAUGUAAACAAAAUACAAGAAAGUAAACAAAUCAAUUCAAGUUUAUCAAAAGGAAAGUUGGAAUUAAAAUUUGUACUUAAUCAAGAUAAUACCAAUCAAGAUAUUUCAAAAUAUGGUAAAGUAGCUAAAACAAUCAUCACUAAAACUGGUAUACAAAAAUUAUUUGUUAUUCGUGGACGUGUCAUUGAUACACGAAUACAAUUUCAUUAUUAUACAUUGAAAAAUAAUAUAUCAACAACAAUAAUUAAUUACCAUGGUGAUAAUGAUAAUCAUUAUAAUGAAGAAGAUAUUGAUUUAAUGAAAAAUCAUAAAUUUAAAUUAAGAUUUAAACCAUUUACAAUAUUUGGUGGAAUAUGUACACCGGCUAUUGGUUAUAAUGAUCCAAUGCAAAUUCCAAAUAUAUUAUCAAAACAAGAACAAUUAUGUUUUAUACAAGCUGUACAAAAUGAUAAUAAUGUUACAUAUAAACUAAUGAAUGAUGGUUAUUUAGUAAUGGAUAUAGAUUUUAAUAAUUUCUGUGAUAUUUAUCAUUUAGUAUUUCCUUUUCUCAAUUCUAAAUGUCCAAGUACAUGGAAAAAAGAUGUACAUAUUACAGUUACAUUAAUUGAUGAAAAUGAUAAAGAACUAAGUAGCACUGAAUUCGAAGUUGUCAGUUGUGCCAGUCCUAUACGUGAUGCGCGUCGUUAUCAACAACGUCAACGUAUUGCAGAACUGGAAUUCGCAGAGAAGAAUUUGCACAAAACUGCUGUUAGUGCUGAUAGUUUAUUUGAAUGGGAUCAUCAGACAAGUCAAUCGGUUUCACAAUCCACAUCAAAACUCAGCAUUUCUGAUAUCAGCCCCAAUUCGUCUGGUUUUGGUAGUCUUUAUUCUCCACUACCAUCGAUCACAUCUGAAGAAGAUCAUUUCAACGAAUUACAACUUUACUUGGCUCGAAAUGAGGCAUCCACUCCAUCGCAACAUAUAUCUCCAUCUGUAACUACAGAUUCUAUUGCCAUUGGGACUACUAACAAUAAUAAUAGUAGUAUAAGUGAUGUGGAUAAUCAAAAGUCCGAUAUUUUAUCAUCAUCGACGUCUAAUGAUGAACUAAUUGACUUGUCUAGUUGGGAUCGUUUGGAGAAAUUGAAACAAAAACGUUUGAUUAAUAAUUCGACUAAUUCACGUACCAUUGAACGAAAUCCACGAAACCUGUUCAAACACUCGACUGAACAAAUGAGCUCUAAGAUAAUAAGUUCAAAAUAUGCAAUGAAACGACAAGUUAAAGAAAUCGAUAAUGGUUCAUGUGAUGAACAGGAGUAUGUGAUUAAAACAAAAAGUCGACGCAUUUAUCGAAUUCUCAGUCUUCUCAACCGAGAAUUAUCAAGACAUUUAUGACAAAUCGCGCGCGUUAGCACGCAAUUGAGAGAGAGUGAGAGCAAGAGAUAGGCUGUCAAAAAAAUAAUUAAACAUACGGCACAAAACAUAAAAUGAAGGCAUUUGAAGCAGAAAAGAAAACAUACCAAAACAAUCCUUGUUAACUAGAAAAUUCCACUAUCUUCAUUUUAUAUUUUGUAAUACUGUUUGUGUUUGUGUAUGUGUAUGUGAGUGUGUGUUCGUGCAUACACAUAUGCAUGCAUAUGUGUUUAUCUAUUUACUCUCUUUCUAUUACUUCAUUUCUAUCUUCACUUUUAUUGACCACUCUCGUCUACCUUUUAUUUUCUUUUUGCUAUUCUUAUUUAUUUAAAACACCGUAAGUAGUAUUUAACGUAAGUUUCAUCAUUGUUUUUAUUUACCGAGAAAAGCAGUUAUUACCGUUGAAUGCAUUUGCCUGUUCAUAGAAAUAUUGUAUACAACUUAAUAUAUAUAUAUAGGAAACUAUUGUAACUAUGACGAAAAAAAAACAACAACUGGAAAGAAUUAGUACAUUUAAAAAUUAACUCAAUUUGUUGAAGAGGUGAGGGUGAGGAUGGAGGAUAGAGGAUGAAGGUGGAGAUGGGUAUUUUUUGUUUUUCAGAUUAACAGUCUUUCUUAAUUGUUAAUGCUUUUAAUAAAUAAAUAAAUAAAUAAAUAA